AUGCUGAAACCGCGGGACCUGGGCCCGGGGGCGUCCACACGGACUUUCCUGGAGGCCAUGAACGCGGGCCGGCUGCAUCUGGCGCGCUUUGUCCUGGAUGCCCUCGACGGGGCCAUCGUGGAUUGCCAGUCAGAGCGGGGCCGUUCGCCGCUCAUGUUCGCCGUUCUGUUGAAGGACCCGGCGUGGCGACUGGCCUUUGCGCGACUGCUGCUGGAGCGUCGCGCCGCGGUAAACCUGCGCGACGAUGCCGGGCGCAGUGCCCUCAGUUUGGCCUGCGAGCGGGGCUAUUUGGAGGUCAUCAAGCUGCUGGUCCAGUACGGCGCCGACCCAGACGCAGUGGACGCGCGCGGCUGGAGCCCCCUCAUGUACGCCUCCUCGCAAGGGCGGACGGCGGUGGUCGAGUGGCUCUUGCGCGCCUUCCGCCGCCUCGGGCAGCUCAGCCUCGAGCGCGCUGACCGCGCCGGCCACACCGCGCUCCAGCUAGCCGCCAGCGGGGGCCACAACCAGUGCGUGCGGGCGCUGCGAGCG